AGUGGCAGGUAACAGUUUCUAUGGCAACAUGCUUACAGGCAACAUGGAGUUCCUGCAGUGGAGUUGUCAUGAUGUUGCAAGAUGGAUUGAGUCUAUCGGAUUUCCACAGUACAAAGCAUGUUUCACGGAGAACUUCAUCACCGGAAGAAAGCUAAUUUAUGUAAACUGUACCUACUUGCCAAGAUUUGGAAUCACAGAUUUUAAAGACAUGCAGGUCAUCUCUGCUCGUGUGCGCGAGCUGCUGGGGAUCACAGAGACCCCGUGGAGUCGCAGCGUCGCUGACCCUCCACGGGACAGCAUGGCUCUGUUCUUGGAGAAAAAGAGCCAGACAGGUGAGCGGGUGGACAGCCUCGCCUACCAGCAGUUCCUGGACGGCAUGCGUCAGUGAGCGGGAGCCUGGCAUGAAUCACAACAGUAAAGGAGCGCAGCAAAAACCAAGACAUGUCAGUGUCAUUUCAUAUCCCCCACUGUCAGCGCAUGAUGACUCCGAUGAGACACUCGCAGCGGGUCACAUGCAGACCUUGACAUUAACACUUCCCACCAGCAAAAUGCUUGUAUGUUGCUGUUGUUAGGGCUGGUGGAAAAUCAGUUCUUCUGCAAGGGUUUUGUGCAGGUAGACAUGUCUGGAAAUCACCCCUGAA